AUGAAUUCUGAAAACUUUUCCCAAAUAGCUCCUCCAGUCUUUGAUGGUGAGAAUUACCAUCUUUGGAAAAUAAGAAUGGAUACUUAUCUUGAGACUUUAGAUCUUUGGGAGUCUAUGGAGGAGGAUUAUGAUGUUAUUCUGCUGCCCGAUAAUCCUACAGUGGCCCAGAUCAAAAGCCCAAGGAAAAGAAAAUCAGAAAAUCAAAGGCAAAAGCAAUUUUGUUUGCUAGAAGAAUAUGCCGGAGAUGAAAGAAUACGAGGCAUGAAGGUGUUGAAUCUAAUAAGGGAAUUCGAAUUGCAAAAGAUGAAGGAAUCUGAGACUGUCAAAGAGUACUCAGACCGACUUCUUAGCAUUGGUAACAAUACGCAAGAGCAAAGGAGGCUUAUGAGGCAAGAUAGUAUGGUUGAAAGAGCUUCGGCGGCCAACCACAAGACUCAAAGCAAGGGUAAUAACUACCCACUUUGCCAGCACUUUGACAAAAUAGGCCAUCCUCCAUUUAAAUGUUGGAAGAAACCAGAUGCAAAAUGCAAGAUUUGCAAUCAACGUGGCCAUGAAGUCGUGAUUUGCAAAAACAAAUCUGAAAAAUAUAAAGCAGAUGCCCAAGUCACCGAAGAAGAAGAAGAUCACUUAUUUGUGGCAACAUAUUCUUUAACCAAGAAAUCUAAUUUUUGGAUGAUUGAUAGUGGUUGUACAAACCCCAUGACAUAUUACAAAACUCUUUUUAAAAAGUUUUUGCCUUUCAAAAACAAGAAAAUCAGAAUUGGGAAUGGUGACUAUAUUCCUAUAGAAGGAAAAGAGAAUAUUGCAAUCAAAAUAAUUUCAGAAGAUGCACACAAGCCUUGCAAGAACAAAGAUGAAUUGACAGAUUUAUUCAAGAGGUCAAAUUCAAUCAAAGCCGAGUAA